AUGAUGUAUACUAUGGCAGGCGGUGGCUCAGCUAACAUGGUAUGGGGCUGGGUGGCCGUGUCUCUAGUCAUGAUGUGCGUGGCUGGGUCUUUAGCAGAGAUCACUUCGGUCUAUCCUACUGCUGGCGGUGUGUAUUAUCAGACCUUUGCCCUGUCACCCAAGUGGUGUCGUCGGGUCACGGCCUGGGUUUGCGGCUGGUCGUAUAUUGCAGGGAAUAUCACCAUUACCCUCGCGGUCAAUUUUGCCACGGCGCUCUUUCUUGUCGAAAGCUUGAAUGUAUUCAAGGACGCCGACGGCGUCGGUAUCACAGAGAACUUUGAAACAUAUCAGAGCUACCUUAUCUUCCUUGCUAUCACCUUGCUCUGCCAUGCUAUUUCCGCCUUUGGUAACCGAUGGCUGACACAUCUAGAGACCUUCGCCAUCUUCUGGACCCUCGCAGGAGUAGCCGCUCUCAUAAUCACUAUCCUUGUCGUUGCAGCUCACGGCCGGCGAUCUGCUAAAUGGGUGUUUACCAGUUUUGAGCCGCAGUCAGGCUGGCCCGACGGCUGGUCCUUCUGUAUCGGCCUGCUCCAGGCUGCCUAUGGGCUCUCAGCAUCCGGCAUGGUCACCUCAAUGUGCGAAGAAGUGCACAAGCCUGCCGUUCAGGUUCCCAAAGCGAUAGUCGGCGGCGUCGCCCUCAACUUCUUUGCCGGUCUCUGUAUCCUGAUCCCUAUCUGCUUCGUCCUGCCCGAUAUCGCCAUGUUAGCAAACCUCGCCAGCGGCCAACCCGUCCCAACGAUCAUUUUGUCAGCCACUGGGAAUUCCGCAGGUGCUUUCUGUCUUCUUAUCCCGCUCCUGAUCCUCGGUAUACUGUGUGGCGUGGGCUGCGUGACCGCCGCGUCCCGAUGCACCUGGGCGUUUGCCCGCGAUGGCGCCAUCCCUGGCUCGAAAUGGUUCAAAAAGGUCAACAAGAAUUUAGACAUUCCUCUGAAUGCGAUGAUGCUCGGCAUGGUCAUCGAAAUCCUCUUAGGACUAAUCUACUUCGGCUCCACGGCCGCGUUUAACGCUUUUUCGGGUGUAGGCGUUAUCUUCUUGACGCUGAGUUACGGUUCCCCGGUUGCCGUCUCCCUUAUUCUUCGCCGUCGCCAAGACGUCAAGAAGGGAAACUUUGAUCUCGGCGCAUUGGGCAUAUUUUGCAAUAUCGUUUGUAUCGGUGAGUACGAGCAUCCUGGGACCCAGCCCCGCUACCUUCUUGUCGAUUAUGCGCAUGCGAAUGCAUCGGACCAUCCAUGA